CAACAUGGAGAUUGUAUACCCCAUGUUAUUGAUACCAAAGGAGUGUGUAAAAUUGCAUCACAACGCCGCACUUCUUGAUGACAUCAUAUUAGACAUCACCAUCACAUCACCCAACACUAAAGGUGAAGCUAUAAGCAUUUAUACAGGAUGCUGCCAUAUUAAGUUUACAGAUAAAGAAUAUAAUACUCCAAAUAAAUCAACACAAGGACUAGAAUUCAUAAAUAUAGAAGAUGCAAAAUCAGUUCAAGAUGCAGCUGUCCAAUCUACAUAUCCAUCCAAUGUAUGGAUAGAUCCGGCCCGGAGUCCAUACAUUUAUAACAAUUACACAGCAAAUGGUCUCCCCCCACAACAUUUUGUAUACAACCAUCAAGCCAACCAUGUAACUGUUCAGCAACAUAAUACAUAUAUAACUCAAAAUGUAUAUAGUUAUCCAGAAACCAUACAUUAUGCAUCAUCCGAAGAAUAUGGCUUUGAAACUUUAAUUAAUCAAAACAAUGUAACAGAUUUGACUCAUUUGUUUGAUGGCGAUGAAUUAGAAGAAUGUGGUUUGCUGCUAGAAGAAAUAACAUGUGAGAAAGAGCCUCCAAUUUUAACUGAGUCAAUUGACUUAGGUCUGCAGAGUGACAAUAAUGCAUUAAAGCAACUUAUGUCAAAUGGUAUUCAAAUACCAUCAAAACCACAGAAAACAAUAAUAUUUAUGGGCCCAGAGUGUGGUCAGACUAUCCAGAAGAUUGCAGUCAAUGAUCCAUUUUUAAUGUGCACCUCAGAUGAUAAUAUUGCUUCAAACAUUGUUGAUAUUGAAAACAAUAACAAUAGCAAUCAAAAGAAGUACCAGUGUGAAAAAUGUGAGAAAAUAUUUGAUCAAAUAACAGCAUUCAAGCAACACAUGGUUGUAUCACACGAGCGGAACAAAAUACAUCACGGCUCUGAGUGCGACAACGAGUUAAAGGUGUUCAUCUGUGCCCAGUGCGGGAAGAAGUUAAAGUCGCAAGAGAAGUUUGAAUUGCACAGCCGCGGCCACGGCGACCCAGACCUGGAGUGUGAAAAGUGCAACAAAGUUUUCGCGUCUAAAUUUAGUUUGCGGACUCACCGUAAGAUACACACGCGAAAAUAUCCAUGUCCGAAUUGUACGAAAUCAUUUAACAAACUUGCAGAGUUAAGAACACACCUUGCCAAAACACAUCCAAGUCAAAAAUGUGAUGACUGCGAUUUCACAACAAAUAACCAAACAGAUUUACAAAAGCACGAGAAAUGUCACAUUUGGCGGGAAAGUAACGAAAAUUCGGAAUCGUUUUUUCUUGACGAUGGUGUCUCUGACAUAGAGAAUGAUUCGGAUUCCGGAAAUAUUUACGAGUUACCGAUGGAUGUCGAUGAAAAUGACUCCAUUGAAAUCGAUAUAAAAAAUGCCAAUGAUGUUCUUGCUAAAGUGAUGUCAAAUAAGGUUUUUUUACUCAAUGCGAGAAAGGGGAGGCAAAACAAAAGAUUUAAAAAGAGUUGCGAUGUCUGUUCAAAAACCUUCACUCGAAUUGGAGACCUAAAAAGGCAUCUUAUCGAGCACGUCAUCAAGAGCACCCUGGCAAAGAACCCGGUCAGCAAAGAUGGCACUCUCAAUAUACAAUGCGAGGUGUGCCAAGUACAAUCCUUCACUAAGGUAGAUAAAUACAAAGCGCAUUUGCGCGAGCACGCAAAGUUAACUUUGUACCAAUGCACAUUCUGUAACAAAUCGUUCAGUGACUCCAGCAACUUCUCGAAACACAAGAAAAUUCACGGUACCGCGUACUACCAAUGUGACCUAUGUCUGAGGAAGUUUAAUUCUAAAAAGAUGCUCACAAAACACAUGCAGUAUCACAAGGAAAACACGCCGUUGCCGUGUCGCUACUGUGACAAAACAUUUCAUUUCGAGUCAAUGUUAAAUAAACACAUCAAAAGCACACACAACAAAGCUGCAGGGACUCGAUUCCGCUGUAAUUUUUGCCAGGCUUAUUAUAAAACUUUAAAAGAAAAGUGGGACCACGAAUGGUACAUUCAUAAUGUUAGGAAAGUGAAAAUCGAUUGUGGUAUAUGCAGUCGUAAGUUCAGAAAGUAUGCCGAACUGAAAAGGCACUGCUUAGAUAACCACGAUUUGGAAAUACCACCUGCCAAGAUGUUUUUACAGCAACAACAAGAUGAAAAGUAUCAAAUUUAGGAAU